UCCAUUGAUAAUCUAGCUUCACGUGUUAAAACAUCAGAUGUAAAUGUACAAAAGAAUGUUAAUACCAAAGGAUAUAUUAGCAUCAUAAUAUAUCAAUUGUGUAAAUAGGACAAACUGCAACAGCGUUACUGAUUAUUACAGUGAUAUAUUUUGUAAAAAAUUGACAACAUUUUGUGACAGGAAACUAUUAAAAGAAAAACAAAAUACUGAAACAAUUUGAAAGACGAAAUGGCAGAAGAUAUUCUAAAAAUUGUCAGUGUGUUUAUAUUGUGGAUUUUUGUCAUUGCCGGACAUUUUAUAUGUGUCUUCAAAAACUUUACUAUCUACAAUGAUAUUAUUCUGAAAACGAUGAUAAAAAUGUUCCUGGUCUCUCAGUUGAUUUGCAGUCUUUGGAAUCUAACAGGAUUUCUUAUAUCCACUAUUGCAGGUGGAUGGAUUCUUGGGGAUUUUAUGUGCCAAACUUUUGGUUUCCUGAAUCUUAUUCUAACUUCUGGUAAUAUAUGGGUCAUGGCGAUUGUAUCCAUUGAGAGAUACCACAGAUUCCUUGCUGUACUUGACCACCCAUCAACAUUUUCUCCAAGAAACGUUAAUAUAAUAGUAUGUGGCAUUUACAUCCUUGUCGUAUUGUUGUCCUCCGGACCACUUUAUGGACUUGGUGAAUAUUCGUAUUUCAGAGGCCAUAUCAAUCUUACAGUGACAAUUAACAUGUAUUCUAACAAUCAAACAGCUGUUGCAUCAAAUCCAGACCUGACGUCAUACUAUCUGUCAACUUUCCAAGAAGCUGUGAAGCAAGGAAAAGAACAUGAUCCAAAAACAUUAAUAUCAAAUCAUUUUCUUUCUGACAUUGGAGUAUCAGCCCGUGUAAUUGUGUCAUCAGUCAUCAGUAUCAUUGUCCGGGCGUUUAACACUGAAAGCAUCCAAGCAUUUUGGACAAACUAUAAGGAUGGAUCGGUAAAACAAUUGCUGUAUUCACUGUUAUGGAAACCAUAUUUAGGUCAUACCAUCGGUGCGACAAAUAUGGAAAUUAACACGAAUGCGGACGAAAAUCAAUAUUAUCUAUAUACCAAUGUGUAUCUUGAAUCUCAAGAAAUAGGAAUGUGUAGUGUUGAUUUUACUUCAUAUAACAGUCAUGCCAUCAUAUGGUCUGGGUACCAGUUAGUGAUUUCAACGUUUAUUCCAUACGUGAUUAUUUUUGUAUGUUACGUGACAGUUUAUGCUAAAAACCCACGUUCUGCUAUGGUUCUUGAUAAAAAUGUAAACGAAGACGAUCUUUUUGUCCUGAACUGGUUUAGUUCAGCAUCUAUUUUGUGUCUUGUAGUUACGUUCAUUUACUAUUUAGUAAUUCUGAUCAACGCAAAUGGAAUAUUUGUUUCAUCAGAUGCUUUAUUUGCAAUAAGUUUUAUCUUUUAUGGGAAUGGAUUAUUUUGUUUAAUAAGUCUUUUCAUAACGAACAGAUGUCACUGUCACAGAAUUCAGACUAAAUGUAGACUUUUUUGUUAUUGUUCUGAUGAGGGAUCUGCAUAUGAAUUAUCAGAUUUAUCCCUGAGAAAUGAAACAAUGGAAAUACUGUCACAGAGUUCUGCGAGGCAUCCAAGCUAUGUUUAGAUUACCAUAUGAUUACACUACAGACAUCGAACUUUAACCGUGUCCCGUUUCAUCUAAUAACAUUCUGCAUUAAUAUCCAAAGGAUGUCAAUGUUCAUAUGUAACAUUUUCAGAGUACUAAAUUUGGACUCUUCAAAGCUUAAAUAUCCUUGUCGAAGUUUACAUAAAAAAACACUGGCAAGCCAAUUUUGAUCUGAAACGACGAUUUUGACAACUUUUAAAAGACUGAAAAAUAAAUUAUUAAGACAUUUUCGUCUUCAAGUCAAUUUUCAGACUUAUCCACUGCGGUAAAUUCAGUACUGUUUAGACAAUUCGCUUGAAAUCAAUUAAGAUAUGUUUGGUCUAUGUUCAGACUGUUCAGUAGUUCUCAUUUAAUUGCCUUUCCAUACCAUCAUUGUCAUGAAAAUUGUUUGGACGAAUAUUGAGAAAAAUAUUGUAUAACGUUCGAGAUUGUUCGAGAUUGAUGGUUGGUUACGUAAGCGCGUCACUGUUUUUGAUAUCCUAUGGUGUUUUUCUUUGAUGGAAUAUAUUCGUUGUUGUUCUGUGGUUUGCAUGUUGUGUCGACUAUUAUAUUAUUUGUUUGUGAGUUUCUCUGUUAUGAAUGUUCUUGCGUGUGUUUGUUCUGUAUUUCUGUCACGUAGUUUUUUAGCGAUAUUUUUUUAACAUUGACUUAAAGCGGGAAGUUUGGCAUGCCAUGAAACCAUGUUCAACCUACCAUUUUUUCUUUAAAAUGUCCUGUAACAAGUCAGGAAUAUGGCAGUGGUUAUCAAAUAGUUCGUUUUUUAUUUGUGUUGGCGUUUGUUUUUGUUGCACUUCGGUGUUCCUGUUGUUCCUUUGUUUUCCUCUUAUAGUUGAUGUGUUUCCCUCGGUUUUGGUUUGUAAUCCGGAUUUGUUUUCUCUCAAUCGAUUUAUGACUUUUGAACACCGACACUACUGUUGCCUUUAUUAAUCCUGGUAUCCAUGAUGAGUUUAUUUACAUGUACACAUCAACAUCAUACUGAAUUGUCUGAAAAGCUACUGAAUUUACCACAAGUCUGAAAAUUGACUGACAGACAGUCACUGUAGAUGACUGAAUACUUUAUUGUUUAGACUUUUCAGAUGAAUGAAUUUAAGAUCAACAUUCAUUUACUAGUCAAAUAUGUUAGUACAACUGUUAUAUGUACGCAGUGAUGAUGAAACACAUAUUUGUAGAGCACAAUUAAGUUUGA